AUUAAAACUUUUUAAUGAAUACUUUCAGGUUGGAUGGAUGCUUUGAAAAGCAGUGGAAUUACAUAAAAGUUUGAGCGAUAUGCUGAUAGUGAUGGAUUAUUGGCGAUGCUGAUGAUGUGGCGGUUGAUAGCCCACAUAAAGUACGAGUAAUAUUUAUGUUGAUGUACUCCAUGAAUAUUGUGAAUAAAAUUAUUUGUCUUUGAACUGGUCAAAAGAAUAUAAAAGGGAAAAAAAUAAAAGUAAAAAAAAUAAAUAUUAAUAUCCGGUAUAAUCAUGUCGCUAAUGUCGCCGUUAAUGAUAUUGACGACAGCAGAGUCUAGCUCUGUUGCCGUAGCUCUGCGUAGAUGCGCGAUAUUAACGGUACCAACGAAAAGCAGCGUGAUUAAUCGUUAAACGACGCGGAAGCGCUUUGUCUGGUAAUUGUUGUCACGUGACAGAAUAACAUUUAAAACGGCUAGCAGUGGGGCGGGCGUCUGCUUGCAGCUACAACGCCAAAAAAAGAAAAACUUCAAGUGCAAGCGCAUUUAAUUACAUUGAAGAGGACUCACGUAAACGUCACUUUGCCAAAAAAAAAAAAAACAGAAAAUGCCAACGUCUGAAGGAAAAACAAAGAUGAAAGUUUAAUACAAAAUACACAUACUAAACGUAAAAGCGUGCAUAAAAAGGAUUUUCAUUUAGCAUCAAAUAUACACAGAUAGAUGACACAAGUUGCUGCCCGCAACAACGCUACGCCGAAAUAAAUUCUGCUUUCUGCACGCUUAAAGUAUGGUUUAUGGACGCAGCAUCGCUAUCGGUGGCUGCCUGCUGCUUUCGGUCAUUACACUCUCGGCAAUAAUAUUCUAUUUGAGUUUGGGACCCUGCCCGCAGGGAACGUUCGCCUGCGAUGGCAAUACGUUGUGCGUGCCACAGCGCCAAAUUUGCGACAAUCGCACAGAUUGUGAGGAUGGCAGCGAUGAACACCCGGUCGAGUGUGGCCUACUUUAUGGCAGUAAGGCGCUGACCGAUAAAAUUGUCGGCAAUGCGAUUGAACGUAGACGGCAACAACAACAACAACAAAGACAAAAACAGCGGCAGCAGCAGCAGCAGCAGAGCGGGCAAUUUCUUGGCGGAGCAGCAGGAGAAUUGAUGAAUGUGACAAGCGUGGGAGUGCCACCAGAAGAGGAAGAAUCCAUUGACACUGUUGGCGGUGGGCAUCGUACGCAAGUAAUUGCCAGCGCUGGCGGCAGCAGUAGUAGUGUGGGCAACAUGUAUGCCAGCGGUGACAACGAAGAAGUUGCAAACUGUGAAAUUACAACAUAUCCUAAAGGUGUAUGCACUUGUCGACAGCGUACAAUAUUAUAUUGCGGCCGCAAAGCGAAAUUGACGCGUAUACCGCGCUUAAGUGCAGAAGUGACGUACUUGAUGAUCGGCCGCAGUAAUUUGACACUGCGUGAGAAUGCCUUUAUUGGACUGAAACGCUUGGUGAAGCUCUCACUGAAGCAUUGCAACAUAUCGCAUGUGCCGCUGGGCACAUUUAAUGGCCUACACCAGUUGGAGAAAUUGGAUGUGCGGCACAAUAAUAUCAGCGCGCUGCCAGUCGGCACAUUUCGUGGCAUGAACUUUUUGGUGUGGCUUUUCUUCAUUUCGAAUCAAUUGCGUCAGUUGCCGUUGGCACAAUUUGCGGACAUGCCACGCCUUGAAUGGCUGAUGCUGAGUGAUAAUUUACUCACACUUCGUAACGAGAGAUUUCCGCACAUGCCGCGUCUAUAUGAAAUCUAUUUGGAUUCAAAUCGCAUUGAAUAUAUUGCAGAUGAUACCUUUGCUCAUUUGACUAAUUUGAAUUUGCUAGAUCUCAAUGAAAAUCGCAUCGCAUACAUACAUCCGCGUGCCUUUUGGGGCUUAAAUGACAUCAGAGAUAUUCGGCUCAUUGGUAAUCCCCUGAAGGAACUGUCUGGCGAAGUCUUUUUACGAAGUAGUUGUUUAGAGGCGCUAUCCCUUAGCCACACGCCACUACACAUCGGACAUCAACUACUACAAUCGCUAAAUAUUUCAUAUCUAAAUUUGACGGGCAUACAUUUCGAGCGUAUCGAAUUUGAUGCUAUCAGUCAGAUGUCUAAUCUGAAGUACAUCGUCUUUGAUCGUUUUUACUUCUGCUCGAUGACUCCACAAGUUCGCAUGUGUAAACCAAAUAGUGAUGGUGUUUCAUCAUUUCGCGAUCUACUCAGUAAGCCAGUAUUACGGUACUCAGCUUGGAUAAUGGCUUUCGUCACGGUGAUUGGAAAUAUAAUGGUACUUUGGGGACGUUUUAUUUAUCGAGAUGAGAAUGUUGCUGUAACUAUGGUUAUACGCAACUUGGCAUUGGCAGAUAUAUUGAUGGGCUUCUAUUUGAUUACAAUUGGUGUACAGGAUUACCGCUAUCGCAGCGAGUAUUAUAAAGUCGCACUCGAUUGGAUCACAUCCUGGCAGUGUGCUGCUAUCGGCUCCUUGGCCGUCACCUCAUCCGAAGUUUCCAUGCUAAUACUCGCCUUCAUGUCAUUCGAACGCUUUCUACUUAUCGCCGAUCCGUUUCGUGGUCAACACCGCAUCGGCAUAAAAAAUAUUUUUAUUGCCCUUCUGGUCAUUUGGUUAAUGGGCGUGGGCAUUGCUGUAGCGCCAGUUGCACUCUGGCAUUCUAGCACCAAAUUCUAUGGCACCUACUCGGGCACUUGCUUUCCGCUGCACAUCCAAGAGCCCUACCCGCUGGGUUGGCAAUAUUCAGCUUUCAUUUUUUUAGGUGUGAACUUAUUUUUACUAUUGAUGAUUGCUCUCCUCUACACGGCAUUGCUCAUUUCCAUUUGGCGUACGCGUAAAGCAACACCACUGUCGCUGUUGGAUUGUGAGUUUGCAGUACGUUUCUUCUUCAUUGUCCUGACAGAUGUGCUGUGUUGGGCGCCCAUUAUAGCGGUGAAGAUUUGGGUUUUCUUCAACUAUAACAUUUCGGACGAUAUCUACGCUUGGCUGGUUGUCUUCAUAUUGCCACUGAAUUCCGCUGUCAAUCCGCUGCUCUACACAUUCACAACACCAAAAUAUCGUAAUCAAAUACUGUUACGCGGUUGGAAGAAAAUUACAUCGCGGCGUCGUGCUGAACCCUCCAACGGUCUAGCGACGACGAUUGCAACCGCUACAGCAUCCUCAAAUCCGGAUGAAUCUUCGGGCAAAGCUAUACCGCUAACAGUAAAUCACUGAGGGCACCGAACAUACCUACAUACAUACAUACUCACAUAUUUAUAUACUUAAACGCAUCGAUAUGUAUUUUCACACCACCAAGUGGUUGAGCGUGUAGUUCUACGACAAAAUAUUUACUAUUUAAUAUGUAUGUUUAAGUGUGUGUACAUUUUUUAGAUGUAUCUAUUAGCUUUAAGUGCAACAAUAUGUAUUUACAAACAUACAUACCUACAUACAAUGUCUGCUACCUCAAAAUGUCGAGUACAAAAACAAUUGCCGUAGCAGUUUAUCAAAAUACCAAAGAAUAGAAAUUGAGAAGCAUUUAUGAUGCAUUUACCUAAAUAAAUACAUAUAAAAUAAACAUAUGUACAUACAUGCAUGCAUAAAAAAGUGUAUUCCAGGC